UUCAGAAGUUGAACCUACCAGUGUUACUCUAAUACAAGAGUUUAGACACGCAGUAGAGAAUGUAGGAUAGAUGCAAGGGCGAGACAUCAUAGACAAAUGUAACGAUAAUGGCUGAUAUUGUUCGAAGAUCAGAGCAAUAUUCUCCAAAAUCGAGCCCCAGAGGGGCUCGUUCGCCAGUUGUUCCUCGCCAGGAUUCAACGGGAACUUUAAAAACUACGAUAUCACUUGGAAAAACUCCAGCAAUUGUUCAUAGUGGCCCAUUCUACCUCAUGAAGGAGCCGCCUAGUAAUACACAGAGUGAACGGACAGGAGCCACGAAUCUGAUGUCCUAUCAUAACCUGGAACAUUCUUAUAACAAGUUCUGUGGCCGUAAAAUGAAAGACCAACUAAGCACUUUCCUUCCUAGUCUACCUGGCAACAUUGACACACCGGGACAUCAAGAUAACAGUUCACUGCGAUCAUUGAUUGAAAAACCUCCAAUAUGUGGAAAAGAAUUGGUGCCAUUAUCUGGAGUACAAUUGACUGGCUUCAGACUUCAUCCUGGACCACUACCUGAGCAAUAUCGGCUGAUGAGUCACCAGCCUCAGAAGAAGAAGCACAAGAACAAAAAGCACAAGCAUAAAGCUGGAGACACUCCAUCUCACGAAUCCCAACAAGAUGUAAGCACUGAAAACACUCACGAAAAGAAACAUAAGAAACAGAAAAGACACGAUGAAGACAAAGAGAGAAAGAAGAAGAAAAAAGAAAAAAAGAAGAAAAAGAAACAUAGUCCAGAGGUGUGUUCAGUCACUCCUAACCCUCCACAUAUGGGAACUCCACAUGGCUGAACUGGCAUGAAGUGGUACAAGUUGUAUAGUCUUUUGCAAAAGAGAAGCACUAAAAGUUUUUUUUACUCCCUCAUGUUGCAAUCAUCCCAUAAAUAGGUUAAUAAUAUCCCUCAUAAUUCAUGCACACACACACAUAUGUUAAAUAAUGGUAUCGUAAUUGGUUUACCAGAAGUAAAACGUCUGCAAAUCUAACUUGUUUUUUCUAUAAAGGUUUUUAAAGGCUGAAAUGUUAAUUGAAGGAUGUGCCAAUUAUUACAAAAAAAUAAAAUAAUAAUAAUUUUGUACUCUACGGGACUGAACUUUGGAAAAAAAAAAAUUCCCACAUCAAUUUCAUACAACUUGUGUAAUUAUAGAACCAUACAUCAGAAUUUAAAUGGCAGCAAAUAAUAAUGGCACAUUUUACUAUGUCAUCAAUGAGUAAAUACUGAGCCCAUAAAAGUUAUUGGUGUAACUGUCAUUAUGGUUUUGGAGAACAAAUAAUUAGCCCAUUCUCUCUCUGCUUAAGCAUUUGGACAUUUUAAUACCAAAUUACUAACUAGCUCUUGGACUGUGAAGUUUUGUGGGUGAAACCUUACGUCUAUUUAGGAACUCUCCAUAUCUGACCCAGUCUUGUACAUAGUCAAUGGAUGGGGGGGUGGCUCUUCCUACAGUGCCAGUGCACAUUAGUGGUUUCUUGCAUGUAAUUUCACCAGUUCUUCUCAAGACUUCACAAGUACAGUCUUUUAUUUGUUUAAACAAGUUUAUUUACAAAAACGUAUUGUAUAUUUUAAAUCAAUUGUUUAGUAUUCCUCCUUUUUCAAAGUUAAUGAGUGACUGAUGUUAAAAAACUGUCAAAUUCAGAAGUUCCCAGGUCUCUGUCUUACCGUUCUCACUUCACUGAUGUGUAUCCCUUUCAUAUUUUACAUAAAAACUUUAUGCUCACA